AUGCCUGGUACCCUUGACGAAGCACUCGCCUUUGGUCCCAGACCCAGAAGACCUGAAGCAAUUUGCAUAUUUACUGAUGACGACACCCUUCCAACUUGUGUCACGAAUUCUUCCAGGUCAACCAGAAGCACACGCGAGAAAUCUCUUCCAGAGACACCGGUAUACAAGAUGACCAAAUCUCCACAACCACGGUCCUUUCACCAGCGCCCACCGGUGCUAGCAUCAAACCGCAAAACCCCUCUACAACACAGCCUGAAACCUCCACAGCCGGCGGCCUCGGGACGUGAUGUCCCUGGCAAUGGCGGAGGGAAGGAAAACAUUCCUCCAGGGAUGUCUGUUCGCGCCAACAGCAAAAGCAAGUCCACCGGCAGUCCCAGAGAUCAAAUGAGUCGUCGAGUCGAGUCAAACCUUGUUCCCGCAAAAGGCAGCCGUGACAGGUCUGGAAACAUACAAAAAGAGGCAAAAACCCGAGGAUUGAUAACUCAAGCUGGGAGCACACCUUCCAGGGUCCCGAAGCCAGGCCACGCGGUUACUCUCAACAUUCAAGCACCAGUGUCUUCACCACGGGCACCCCAAAGCUUCCCCAACAAUCAAAUUGCCAUUAUUGUGGUGGAAGUUGUCCGUGCAUACUGGAUGCUCCUCGGAGAUGUUGGUCAAAAGAGAGGCUGCUUUACAUUCGAGCGUGAUCGUGAUCAAUCCGCCGUCAUUAUCCAGCGGGCAUGGCGGUCUUGCAUAAAACGAAAACAGGAGCAUGAACGUGCCACUGCCACGGCCAAAAUGGAGCGGGCAGCGAACGUCAUUGCUCGCUGGUGGCGGGGGGUCAAACCCAGCAAAAAGCCAGAGAAGACACCCCGACGCAAGAUUCGUACUCAGAAUGCCACCACGCGUCAGAGCCGUGGCCGCUUGGGAUUACGACGGCUCUAA